AGCCAGUGACCAGUGUGACCGGUGGCCUUCAUACUGGACACAUUCACUCCUUGGCUUCAGCCACGCAGACAGACAUCCACUAGGAUCAAAUCUUUAUCCCUUGAAUCUACAGUUGAUGUUUCUUCUUCUCUGACCAUGUCAGAACAUUUCCAAAAUACCUCUUUACUUGGAACUGCAAAUUCUCUGCAGCUCUCCCUUCCUGUGGUGAGCAAUGCGGCUUCCCUAACAGGAAGCAUUUCCAACUUCUCCCGAGCCUCUACUCCAGCUGUUAGCUCAGCAUGGCUACUGCCAUCAGCCUCUGGCACCUCUUUCCAGCCACUCACAGGCAGUGCCUACCUUUACCAACAUUCUACCACAUCUAUGUUGUCUGGGGUUAGUGGCCAGAGCCAUAGCUCUAUUUCAGCUGCCCCUUACCCAGGCAUUUUUGAGUGGGACAUUACAGCAAAGACAGCAAAGAAGUCACCCUCACUCAGGGACUUCACUGUGACUGUCAUUGACCAGAACACAGCUGUCUCUUCCAUGUCUAUGACAGCCCAGCAUGAUAAAACUUCACAUGCCAAUAUUAUAGUCCCUCUGUAUCCAACACUAUCUGCCAGACUUGUUCAGAGGACACAAUCUCAAACUCCAAAUCAGCAGGGCCAUAGCCUGUCACUUCCCUACCAGACAGGAAGCCAGGUCUAUUACUAUAAUCCAGGCACACCGGGGCCUCAACUAUCUGGAGAACUUGGCCCUAGGCUGCAAUCCUAUGGCUCUGCAUCAUACCCAGGAAAUAGGGCCUCUGCCCAUCAACCAGAAAUGGUGAUGCUGCUAAAGGAGGUUCAGCCCACAAAAGUUCUACCACCAGUCUCCACUUCCGGGAUGUAUUACUCUGUGUCUGCUCAACCCAGCACAGUAACCAGUUUUCAAGGUGAGUACAAACAGCAAAAAAGGAGAGGAAUAAACACAGUAUUGAAAGGGAGGGUCAAAUCUAUAGCCGAGUAGUAAGUCCACAGAUAGUCAGAAUUUGGGUGCUGAGACUUCAACCACUAUUCUGGGGCACUGCUGUUCAUUUUCAGCCUCUAUGUAAGAACACCUUCUAAGACGGAAAGUUGAACACUAUGAUGGCCAUUUAUGCCACAUGUAAGAGAGUCCCAAGAGAUACCACACUUUUUAGUGGCCUGGCUGAUCAGUUCCCCUGCACCAGCACACUGUAACGUUCUCCCUUAAUCUGUUACUUUAGUCUCUUUGGAAGGCACUUUAGAACUCUUAUUUUUGCAGUGACAUUUUGAUUUUCCUUAACUUACAAUAGGAUUUAAGACCUUGUGCUUAGAGAUCCUCUCCAAAACAAACAGGUUCAGAAUCUGUGCUUGCUUAUGUAGUUUAUAAGGAAGGGCUCCACUCUCUCCCCUAGACCAUGGCGUAAAGGGUUCUUACUCUCUCAAGAGAGUGGAGAGAACGGAAGGGACCCUAUAUGAGAAUAUGAGGCUUUAUAAAUCAUCUCCUAUUUAAAAAUCACUUUCACUUUUUAUUUGGCUUAUAACAACCCUAUAAAAUUCAAAGAAAGCUAAGAAACAAUCACAUCAAAUGAUAACCAGUAAGAGAACAGUCACUGCCUAUCACCCAAUACAGGAUCUUCUCCAUGGUCCUGAAGAAGAGCUAGUAGAAAUGACUUGCACAUGUUAGAAAGGUAUCCCAUUGCUGCAUUGGCAUAUAGGGGGAACAUCUCACUUACCAGGGAUUGACUUCUUCCUUGAUUCCUUUGUAGUGAUGGAAACUUCCCUGGGGGUGGAUACUUCCCUUGGCUUGCAAUCUGCAAGCCAGACAUUUUGUCUGGCACAAACUCCAGAAUUCACCAAGUCCUGCAGUAGCAGAAAUACCCAGAUACGUGAGAGUAAUCCAUCACCUGAG